GCUCUGGAGGGGGGAAAGUCCAAGUGUUCGCAGUACUGGCCAGAGUCGUGUGGUGUGACGGAGGAGAAGAGUAACCUCCUUCGAUCCGUCGAUGUGACUCUCGACGACGAAAGACGCGCUGAGCAUGUGAUAACCCGAUCGAUGACUGUAAAACCGGAUGGCGAUUCCGACUCAUGGAGCUUCAAGCAACUGCAUUUUCUAAGUUGGGCCGAUCACGCUGUACCUCCAAUCGCCGAGUUGUAUGACUUCCUCAAGAACUACGCCUAUCUUCGGAAGCAAAAACCCCUGUCCAAUGAUUUUGGUCCAACUGUGGUCCACUGCAGUGCCGGCGUUGGACGAACUGGCACUCUCAUCUGCGCACAGGUACUGUUGGAUCAGUUGCGCACAAACCCACAGACAAUCGACAUCUUUGGAACAGUUCUGGCUCUCCGCGUCUUCCGCAAACGUCUCGUUCAGGUUAAGGUAAGCUUGAAACUCAGUAGUCCAAGGGAAUUCGGAACAAUUAUGGGACCCGACUUAUUACGGGCUGACGAAUUUUCACUUGCCUUAUGA